AUGUACUUCUACCCAGAGGGCAUGUUCUGUUUCCUCGCGGGAAAGCCGGCCGUCGGCCACAAGGAGAACGCGUUGGAGAGGAUCAUGGCGGACAAGUCCGCGGCCGUGCACCGGCAGAUGCAGCGGUUCCGGCUGAAGCGGGAGCAGGUGACGCGCGUGGCGAUCAACCCCGACCUCGUCCCCGGCCACGACGUGGAGGUGCUGUCGAAGAGGGUGCUGACCGACGCGGACCUGUCCGAGGCCGCCGAGAAGCUGGACGACGAGCUGCUUGACGGUGGGAGCUUCGAGGAGGGCGCAUCAGGCCGGGGAGGCCGGGGACUGCCUCGCCGACGGCCUGCCGGGGCGCCUGGGGCAGCUUCUCGCUCGCGGGCUCGGCAGCCUCGCGGCGCCCUCGGUCGGGCUCGGCUUCCCCGGCAGCACCCUCGACGGGGACAAGGAGACUCCAGCCACGGGCGCCUCUUCGUCGCCCGGGGCGGCCGCUUCACGCUGCUGGGCGUGGCCAACGGCCACGGGCAGCCCCACGCGGCGCGCCGGCUGGAGGAGCUGGUGGCGCGGGACACGAGAUGCCGCGCGCCGUGCUCCGGAGCCCCUCGCUGGUGCGCUGCUCCGACCCCCCGGCGGCGCUCCGCGCGGCCUUCAACGCGGUGCAUCACAGCGCGGUCGGGGCCCUGGACGUCCGCCUGGCGGGGGCGGCCUGCACCGUUUGCCUCGGAGGACUCCGACACCAUCUGGGUCGCACACGUGGGCGACUGCCGGGCGGUCCUUGGCGUGCCAGACCCGGAGCAGAACGCCCUGAGCUGUCACUUCGCGGCCGUGCCGCUGACAAAGGAGAUCCGACGACGAUGA